UAAAACAUUACCGGUAAAAUGUGAAUCAUGUCUUAUAUAAACCAAGCAAUGGUUAACAAUACCAGAGGAAAAUGUUUGAGCCCAUUAUUGUCGCUUAAACCCGAAUUAGAGAUCACCCGCAGACUGUCUGCUGCCGAGACCAUAUUCUGCCUCUUUCUGCCAAGUUACUAAACGGGUGACAGGCACUGCACACAGCCCUUGCAGUGACUAAUGGUGCCUGCCUCCCCAUUCGCUGACGCAUGGGGUACCUCCACAAAAUCGCCUCCGCCACAGAGAAACUCGAGCUGAAUGAAGUACAACAGGUACCUCCCGCAAGCAGUACCUAGAAAAACCCGGCCCUGUAUGCCCGACGUUUUUGGAAGGUCUGACCACAGCACGACAGCUGACGGGAUGGCAGAUGGCAUGGGUAUUUGGGAAGACUACCUCCGGUUCGGAAGGAGGGGUUCAGAAUGUGACGGCGGGGUUGAGGUUGGCGGGAACGGUUGGUCCAGACUUUUGGCCCCGCGCCCAGAACGCCCCAGCUGAGCGAGACCCGGCUGGCGUCAUUGGUUAGGGAAGAUCAGCAGGGAAAGGCUCUGUUACUCUAU